AUGUACAAGGUCUUUCAAGAACUGAACUUUCAUGUAAUCACUUUCGAUUAUAGAGGUUACGGCGACUCUACAAACGUACGGCCCACGGAAAAGGGAGUUGUUGAAGACGUGUUACAAGUUUAUACUUGGCUCAUAAAUUCUAUUGAGGGAAAUCAGAAGCCAUUAAUCGUUUUAUGGGGACAUUCUUUAGGUACAGCUAUAGCAGCGAACUUGGUAUCACAUAUAAGCCAAUUAUGUAGCGAACGUAACACAUCAUGUCUGCCGCCGCCUGACGCGCUCGUGUUAGAGGCGCCAUUCAAUAACCUACUAGAUGAGAUUGAAAGCCAUCCGUUCUCUAAACUAGUGUCCUGGUUGCCAUAUUACAAGAACUCAUUCGUCAAGCCAUUUACGUCAUCUUCAGAAUACGCUUUCACAACUGAUCGAUAUCUGUGCGAUGUUCCCACUUUGCCGAUACUGAUGCUACACUCUAAAGGAGAUAGAAUUGUGCCUUAUGAUUUGGCUGUUAAGUUGUACGAAUGUAUAAAGAAUUCAAGAACUACAACAGGAUUACUAGAGUUCCAUGUAUUCGACAAAGGCCACAACAACUUGUGCGAGGCUUGCGACUUGCCGCUGGUCGUUACG